AUCAUGACAAGGAUACAAGCCGCCGCGUCAGCGGCGGCACCUCCAACCUCUCUGCUCAUGCAACAGAUGAAAGCGUUGGGCAAAAGGAACGUUCAGGACAUGUUUCGUCAUAUGGAUGCCGACGGGAACGGGAUGAUCGACAGGGAGGAGUUUCAGCAAGGACUGGCAGCCCACGGCAUGGACGCGGCGCACAUUGCAGCACUUUUUCGGCAGCUGGACCCGCAUCGCACAGGAUCUAUCGACUAUAAGACGUUCUUUGACACGUAUUACGAUCAGCUGCCCCUCCCUCCCGCGCUCCUCUCGAACGCGCAAGUGCUCGAGAAAGUCCAGCACAUCCUCCAGUCCAAGCGCCAUCGACUCCAUAAACUCUUCCAUUCGAUUGAUGCCGACAAGAACGGAACCAUCGACCAUCGCGAGUUUCAUCAGUGCUUGACGAGUCUGGGGCUUCACCCGUCAGAAAUCAACGUCGUUUUGGAUGUAUUCGACCCCGACGGCAACGGAGCCAUCGAUUACGCCGAAUUCUCCGCGGCCGUCCUCCCGCUGGACGGGGCCACCGAACUGCACGCGCUCCACCUGGCCAUGGAGAAGCCCCAUGGCGUGAAAGCGUUUCCGCCUCCGCCGUCGCUUGUGAAGCCGCUCAUGGAACAGACCCCAUGCGACGGUCUCGACGGCGCUGCCGACGACGUUGGUGUUGCCGAGUUGUACGCGACGUUUGUCGAGAAAUUGCUGCUAAAACACCGAGACCUGCGCUCGGCGUUUCGCGUGUUUGAUGUGAAAAAGGAAGGCCAGUUGCCCCGCGACGCGUUUGCUCGAUGUAUCGAGAGUGUCUUUGGCGAUGGCGCGGCCGACGCCACCCGACGACUCUGGCCAUUCCUCGAUCCCACAAACUCUGGAUUUGUGCCGUUCUACACGUUUAGCAAAGGAAAACAGCACCCCAGCGCGCAAGCGUCGCCCAUCAGACCAAGCCAUUUGAAUCCGAUCCUUCCGUCGCCAACCAAAGCCCCAACACGGCGGUCCGCGGUCCAAGAAAAGGUUCGUCUGUACUUGGAGGGCAAGUACAAAAACGUGGGGAAGGGUGUCGGGGAGCUCUACCGCCUCUGUCACCCGGAUGCGGUGGGGGUGUUCGACAAGCGGCAUUUGAUUCGGCUGCUGCAAGCGCACUGUCAACUGAGCGCUGACGACGCCGCGCUCUUUUGUUCCUUUGGCCGGCCUCCCUCCGACAUGAACAUGAUGGAGAAGGACAUUCUACUUUGCUUGAAUGCCACAGCAACGCCACCGGAAGAUGUACACCCGAGGGAGCUCUUCAAAGACGCUCAGCGCAUCGUGUUCUUGGCAGAGACGCACAAUCGAACGCUCCAGCAACUUUUUCGUCAUGUCAUCCAAGACACACCCGACGACAAGGUCGUCCACACAAAGCUGCCUCUGCCGCGGCUCAGCGACCUCCUCUUCAACACGUUUCAAGUCGAUAUUCCUCCAGACCGGCUAGAAGACCUGCUCGGAUCCUCGGACGACAUUACGUACAGUCAGCUCGUGCACUGCGCGGAGCGAAAAGUCCUGGCGAUCGAGGCACAUCAUGCCAUGGUAACCUCGGCCAAGACCGAUUUCUAUGGUCAGCCUCUGGGAAAUCGAGCAUCCGAGCCGCCAUCUCCCCUCUCCAAGCGCCACGUGAGCGACCCCGCCUUCCUCACCCACGACAUGCGAAUCCAGGACCUGCCUAGCCCCACCAAGCGGGCGCUGCCUUGUCAACUGUCCGCACACGACAUGAACUUCAAGGGAGCGGGUGUCCCGUCCGCGGUUCUCGGAGGGGUGCGAUGUACUGUUGAACCCAUCGUGGCACUGCCCGAGCCUGAAGAACGUCGCGUGGCGCCACGUUGGCAAUCCAAAACUGUGGAAGUCGCGCAUGAAAAGAUUGGGCUGGGCGGAGGACGCAAGAAAAUGGCCAACGACCCUGGGCGACACAACAUGAACGACCUCCUUCUGAACCCCCCACCCACAACGCAUCACGUUUCUCCGUCGACGAGAGGCGGCGGCACCACCCGUCUGUGGUGACCCCCUUGGCCGAGUCUUUCUGACACUAUCAUCUGCUUGAACAACGGCAGCGACAACAGAGUCGUUUCUCGGUAUGCCGAUCGCUGUAGCAAAGCGAUGGAGGAGCGUGAAGAUCUGUGUCUCGAGCGCUCGAAUCACUUGGAAGUGUUGCGCCAUGCUAAGUUUGAAUCGACAACGUUUUCCCGGCAGUGCUGUUGGGG